CCUGCUCCCUAGUUGCUCCAGCGCUGCUGACCAAGUGGCCAAACUGGCUUGUCCCAGAACCAUGGCAAAGAAUGGACUUGUCAUUUGUAUCCUGGUGGUGAGCUUACUCCUGGACCAGACUAAUAGCUACCCAUCCAGAUUGAAAGCCAGGAAACACAGCAAACGCCGUGUGAAAGAAAAGGAUGGUGAUCUGAAGUCUCAAGUUGAAAAGUUAUGGCGGGAAGUGAAUGCCCUGAAAGAAAUGCAAGCUCUGCAGACAGUCUGUCUUCGAGGCACCAAAGUCCAUAAGAAAUGCUACCUUGCUUCAGAAGGCCUGAAGCACUACCAUGAAGCCAAUGAAGAUUGCAUUUCCAAGGGAGGAACCCUGGUUGUCCCCAGGAAUUCUGACGAAAUCAACGCCCUCCGAGACUAUAGUAAGAGGAGUCUGCCAGGUGUCAAUGACUUUUGGCUGGGCAUAAAUGACAUGGUCACAGAAGGCAAGUUCCUUGAUGUUCAUGGAUUUGCUGUCUCCUUUCUCAACUGGGACCGUGCCCAGCCCAGUGGUGGCAAGCGGGAAAACUGUGUUCUGUUCUCCCAGUCAGCUCAGGGAAAAUGGAGUGAUGAGGCCUGUCGAAGUAGCAAGAGGUACAUAUGUGAGUUUAUUAUCCCUUAGCAAGUCCCUCCCAAAUAUCCCUUCCAAAUAAGGCUGGUCAUGAUAAAUAAGCUGGUAGUCACCCCAAAUAAGCCAAAAUUACAUUUGUUAAUUGCAAAACUGCAUUGAUAUCCAUAGGUAUGUAGAGUCAGACCAUGCUUCUACUAUAGCUCAUUAUGGUGCUAUCCUUCGUGUAGCAAAGGGUAUCAGAAAAGAAUAACCCAGACAUGGUAAGAAAGGGACUUCUGAAAAUGGGCUGUCAAAUCCCUUUCCCAUUCUCCUUGUCCAUCUCAGGUGGAUAGACCUGGCCUAUUUGAAAAAUAUAUAUGUGUUUCUUCAAGACAGAAAAGCAAGACUGGGCUGCCUGCAAGGUUUAUCUUUAAAAUUUAGUCAUGAUAGAAAUACAUUUUGAGAAAUGUGCCAUUGGUUGAUUUUCUGGUUGUGUGAACAUUGUAGUAUGCCCUCUAAAUGGCCUCUACAUGCCCCAAGAGACAUAGCAAAUAUAAGCUAUGUGGAGAUUCUGCUGGUCCAACAUGACAGGCUUUCACAAUAUACUCCUUUUCCUAAAUACAAAUACAUAAUAAAACAACAGUCAAAACACAGCAGAGUAUGUUAUCUUUCUAUCACUAUAUAAUAAGAUACCCAACAGAGACAUGUGUGAAACAAAGCAAGGUUUAUUUAGCUUGUAGUUUCAGUGGCUCAGAGCCAAAGAUUAAGCAGCCCCAGUGACUUGGCCAGUGGUGAGAGUGGCAGAUCAUUAGUGAGAACUCGUGGUAGCAUCUAAAACUAGAGCAGAAAUAGAGAGGAUGAGUAGGAUCUCCUUUCUAAGGAGUGUCCCUAAUUACCCAAAGACAUCCUAGAUGGAUCCACCUCCGUAAGGUACACAAUACCUUUCAAAAUUGUCAUAUCAGUGUCCUUGAGGGGACAGAGCAAUCAAAUGACCUUCAUCUACAGUGUACGAUAAACAUAUAAAACAACACACUCACUUAUUAUUGUUAUCAACUAUUGCAUGCUAUGCUUAAUCAUUGUCAUAAACUUUAUGACUAGUGGUGUGCUAGGUUUGUUUUUAGUACUGUCACCAAGAACACACAAUGUGCUACAUGUAAUUUGCUAAAGGAGGAUACCAAAAAUGUUUCUAGGCAACCAGUUUUUCAACUUCAUCACAGCCCUUGGGACAACCAUCAAAUAUGCAGUCUAUUACUGGUCAAAAUAUGCAGUGCAUGAAUGUAUUUGAUUGAUAAGUGUGUCCUAAGUCAGAGAUUCUAGGUGCUAUAUAAUCCAUAACCUUUUUUAGCAUAGUACUUAAUUUCAUCCACCCUGUUAGCCUAUGGUCCUUGCUUUCACAUGCCACAUGCCCUGGUGGAACAUGCCUCCUGUCUGCCACAUCAGAGCAGGGAUCUCUGAAGAGGUUCUUAUCUAAAUCUUCAAAUUGCCCGAUUCCAGCUUUCUUGGCAGUUCCCAGUCAAGAUUGCCUCCCAAAGUGAGUGAGCAUAUUUGAUCAAUUUCUGCUCUCAGCAUUCUACAAUGGCUUCUAGCCAAUGGACAAGGCUAAGGCAGGAGAUGAGCAGCAGGUGGUGAAGACAAAGAAUUUACAGAAAGACAAGGCAGGGCUGAGGGUACAGUCCAGUGGGUAGAGGACUUGUCUAGCAUGCAGGAAGACCUGGUAUGAAAUAAAAAAGGACUCUUAAGCCUAUAAUCCCUGUGCUGGGGAGGUGGAGACAAAAGGAUUAGGAGUCCAAGGCCAUACUCUACCAACUGAAUUGCAAGUUUAAAGCCAGCCUAGGUUACAUGAGGUCUAUUUAGACAACAAAAGAAGUAUGCCUCUUUCCCUUCCUUUAUAUAUCCUCACAGUCUCCUUUUAUAUGUGAUAACAAUGUUUUUUAUUUUCUUUACAUAUAUUUCUCCAAUUAUCAUUAUGUAUUUCACUCUAUGAGGGGCAAUUUGUCAUUAGAAGUUGGAAGUUGGACUUAAGUAACACAUGUGUGCAAUUUUCUAUCCAAACAAUGCUAUUUCCAUUAAAUUGCUUAACUAGAUUUUAUAAAAAUAACUUCAUUGCUUUAAAAACAGCAGCAUAAAUUUAAGGCUUAGGGGAAAUGGGUUAUGUAGAACUAAACAAUUCUGAAUAUAUUUUGUCCUUCAAAUAAAUAUAUUUUCUCUUUUGUGAAUAAUGUCCUACUUCCAAGUGCUGAAUUACAUGUGCUUAGAAUAAAAUUUCAGGUUUAUUUUUUUCAUUGCACAAUAAAACCCUAA